AUGAUAAGCUUUCUUGUUAAUGCUUUUGUGGCAAUGUUGGUUCUUUACAAUGUUCUUCAGUCAUUCAGAGCAUGCAGAGAAGAUAAAAGGGUUUAUAAGAGAUACAAUAAGUAUUUCAUGGUUAUUGCCGUGUUUCUUGUUCUAGACAAUUUGUUUUCAUUCGUGCUUGACUUCAUACCUUUCUACCAGCUGUUCAAGCUUAUAGUGGUUGCAUGGAUAUCCAUACCUGCCUGUACUGGCGCAGUGUUUGUUUACAAGUUCUAUAUUCGUGGGUUUAUGGAGAAGUACCAAGGAGAUCUCGAGGAAAUAGUUGAGAGAACAAGGUCUGCAAUAUUCAGGUAUUUCAACGAGUACUACGAAAAGGCUCAAAAAAACUACCGAGGGCGUGGGACUGAAGAGAUGGAAGAGGAAAUCCUCGGGAUAAAGAACGAAGAAGGCAUCUCUAAGAUGUCCCCCAACAACUCCCAUAUGGAAGAUGUUUCGGACUCGGGGUUCUCUACCAUUGACUCUACAGUUGUAAAUGGAGAAAAGAAUGAGUCUAGUCUCUCCUCCAAGAUGCCGACCAAGCCUGUCGACCACGGCCAGGAGUAA